GUUGCAUAUCAAGAUCUCGGCCCCACUGCUUCAUUGUUGGAACCUCAGACAAAGUUGUCACAGCCAACAGAAACAAACCAAACUCAUAUCCAAAAGACUCGACUCUGAAUAUCUGAACCGUACCUAGCGACAUAUCGCAACUAGAAAACACGAUCCAUCACUGAUAGUGAACUUUCCGCGGCUGGUGCGCGCCUUGCGCCCAGGGUUGGCCCAUCAUGGACUCAUCAGGGUCAGGAACCUCAAAUGCGCUGGUACGCAAGCGGACAGAUACGGACUUGAUGCCCCCGCCUCCUCAAGCCAAAAAGAUAAAACGACCCAAGAAGGUACUUGACGAAGACACCUACACGGAAGCAUUAUCCCAAAUCAUCGCCCGGGACUUCUUCCCAGGACUCCUUCAAACUGAGAUACAGCAAGAGUAUCUGGAUGCACUGGAGUCAAAGGAUGCUGCCUGGAUCUCAAGUGCGGGCCGAAGACUUCAGCAUGUUAUGACACCGGGACGCCGAAAUGCACCUCUCUCGUCACAACCGAAUUCCUUCACUGCUGGUGAUCGCACACCUUCAACGUAUGGCGGUGAUACGCCAGCUUCAGUUACCUCGAAUGUUCCGGAUCCGCAGCCACGGCUAGGAGCCAACAUGAGCCUGACAAAAUUUCAAGAUACUUACACAAGUGAGGAUAAUGAAAGCUUUUACAAGCUUGUCGACAAACAGAAUCAGAAAAAGGCAGACAAAUAUGCCUGGCUUUGGCGCGGUAACAAACUACCAUCAAAGCAAAUGAUCAAACAGAAAGAGGUUGAGGAUCGACUGAGCCAAACCCGAAGCCUCAUCGAUGACGGAUUCAAGAAAGACUUGCUGGCCAUCAAGGACAAAGAUGACCGUCCGGCUCGCCCGGAUUCCUGGAAUGCCAACCCUCGAAACAGUUUGAUGUUCAGACCUGACGGGUUAGACGAUGGUGUCCUCACCGUUUCUCAGAAGGCCGAAGAAUCCUCAAGGAUGGCACCGAAGUCGAUAGUCUACGAGAACACGAGAAUGCCACAACCGCGCAUUACACCAAGACCGCCAUCUCCAACCAUGUCAGCGGUGCGAGACGCCAUUGCCGGCAAGCCUCGGAAAGAUGAUCGAGACUCUAGCAUUGUUAGCGGAGGCGAGACACCAAGAGUUAAUGGGUAUGCUUUUGUGGACGACGAGGAUGAUGAUGAUGAUGAGCCAAUCCUUCCUGCUCCUAUUAUCAACCUAGGCCCGGGAGAUGCAGCUCCAAACCCCUUCCGCUUGCAAGAGCAACGCGACAGAGAAAGUCUACACGAACGCAUGGUGGAGAGGAUAUCCCAGUCGAAGAAGGAAUCUUCAAGGAAUGGACUUACAGGGAGAGUUGACAAGACGCCGGUUCCAAAGUUUCCUAGUAGUCCUCGGGUCAAUGGUGGACUUACACCUGCAGCGCAAAGGCUUUGGAGUAAGGUUGGCACCCCUGGACGUGGAUCAAGUGGGAGCUCAUUUGGAAAUUCCAAGCCCAUGACUCCCAGAGGAUCACUUUUGAGAUCAGUGAAGAGACCUGGCUCAAUAUCUGGAAAGAAGUAACGGUUGAAAUGAGAUACCGUGGUGAUAAGAUUCGGGGCUUCUCUUGCUUCCCACAUCUUCCAUGUCUCCCAAAGUGCAUUCAUGGACUGAAGAUUACUCCAAUGUUCCAUCAGGUUGUUUUCACAUGACCAGUCACUAUCCUCGUCAAACUUUUUAAUAGCAUGGCGUUGUGUUGGCGCUACAUACUUUUCACGAUACCUCCAGCGGCUCAAUAAAGAAGCGCAACCAUCCUGGGUUAUUUACAGGUUAAAGCAAAUAGAAUUGAAAUUCAGACAAUUAUUUUUAAUGGCUUA